CUUCAGUGGCCAUGUUGGUUAAGGGCACCUGGUCGGAGGCACGCGUUAGCCUUUCAGGCCGUGGCUUUUCUGCCGCUAAAAGGAGUGAUCAAGAGCUGAAGGAUGAAGAGAUGGAGCUGUUCACAAAAUAUUAUCUGGAAUGGAAAGGAGGAAGAAAAAGUACGACCCCCUAUAUGAACAUACCACGAUUCUAUUAUAGGGAACCAUUCCCAACUGUCAUGGAGGGAGAACAGCCAGGCAAAUCCAAAUCAUCUGGCCGGGCCCCUCGUGGACCCACCUGGACCGAUGAGGAGACCAGAGUCCUCUUGGGUCACUGGAACACUUUGCUGGUCCAGCGCCGAGUUCAAAACAUGCCUACCAACAGUGAUCUCUAUGCUGUACUUGCCAAGAAGAUGGCUGAGGAAGGAUUCCUACGCACACGAAUCCAGUGUAACAACCGCAUCCGGGACCUUCGCAAAGCCUACCGAAAGGCAAAGGAUGCUAUGAGCAAGGCAGGGUCCAUGCCAGUUCGCUGCCGUUUCUUUAGGGAGCUGGAUGAGAUCUGUGGAGGAGAAACAGAAAUGGCCCCUUCCUCCAUAAGUCAAACAAUGAUGCUCCAGUCCUCCACUACCAUGGUUCAACCAGGACCAUCCUGGGAACCUAUCCCAGAAAUUUCCUGGAAGGUGGAAGAGGACUCUGAGUCUGAGGCAGCCUUUGAUGAUGGGAUCAGUGAUACCACGCAGCCCCUGCAGGAAGUACUAAAGAUUAAGGUGGAAUCUGAACUUGAGGAAGCCACUGCUUUUCAGCUGCCAUUGCAGCCGGUUUCCUCCUCGUCCUCCAGCAUAGUGGCCAUUGCACCUGCCUUGGAGGAGGAUCCGCAGUCUGCUUUCCAGGAACCAGACACCUUCAUGCCUUCCAGGCCAGCUGCUGCUCAGGCUCCACAGCCAUCGUCUCCCACCUGUCGUUCGGAACAGAUUUUGAACACAGGGAUCCAGGACAAAGUUGCCACAGGAAGACCAAGGCAUGACUCCAAGACUGUGCGAAGGCCAGCAGUGGGCAGGAGGGCACAGCUGAGGGCUAGAAGACGCCGGGCAAGGGAGGAAACCAUCAGUUGCCUGCUUGAGGAGAUAAGGGUUGGGAGGGAGGCCAUGGACACAACAUUCCGUCUUUUCCUUGAACAGCAGCAGUCAUUUCAGAACAGCCUCAUCAGGGAGAUGCGACUGGCAAGGCGAGAGCAACGACGGGCAGCUGAAGCCGAGCUCAGGGCCCGCCAGGAGGAGUGGCAGCAGCAGAGGACUCAGCAUGUCCUGGAUGCUAACAGAACUGACGCUGAGAUUGUUCGCUUCCGCCAGGAGCUCAGUCUACUUAGACACACACUUGUGGAGUUCUUUUCAGCAACAAGGUCUUUCCCUCCAGCUUCCCAAGUGAGGACACCCUCUCCUGCACCUGCCCAGAGGGAAAGUUUUGGCCUUUCUGGAUUACACCGGGAACGCUCAACCCCUUUAGUGUCCCAGGAGCAGGCACCUCUUCCAGACCCACGUGUACUUGGGGCAUCUUCAAGGGGAAGGAGAGGAAGGCCAAGGAGGCGUGGUGGUUGUACCCGGAAGCAGUUCCACAAAGAGUAAUCAUGAUGUGGUUGAGCUGGUGCUUUUGGUGGGCUUUCUGUGGAAUUGGUGCUAGACAACUUUUUUCUACCUCUUUUAUUUCUGCA